GACCCUCACUUCAAAGACCAAUGGUACUUGUUGGGUGGCGUGGUGGGGCAUGAUCUAAACGUUUACCCGGCCUGGGUCAAAGGUUACACGGGCAAAGGUGUUGUCGUCAGCAUUCUUGAUGAUGGUAUAGAUCAUUCACACCCUGAUCUGCAGAAAAAUUAUGACCCAGAAGCAAGCGCUGAUCUGAAUGACAGAUCCGAUAAAAUGAACGAUCCCAUGCCUAACAAAUUAAACCCUUACAACAACCAUGGUACCAGGUGUGCAGGUGAGGUGGGAGCACAGGCCAAUAAUUCGAACUGCUGUGUCGGUGUUGCUUUCAAUUCUAAAAUCGGAGGUAUCAGAAUGUUAGAUGGCUCAGUCACAGACUUGCUGGAGGGUGAGUCCCUUCUUUAUAACAACCAGCACAUUGAUAUCUACAGCGCCUCCUGGGGCCCAAACGACGACGGACGCACCAUGGAGGCCCCCAACAGGUACUGCAGGUUGGCCCUCGAGGAAGGGACUUUGAAAGGUAGAAAGGGCCUUGGUUCAAUUUUUGUGUGGGCCUCUGGAAAUGGUGGAAUGUUCCAGGACGACUGCAGCUGUGAUGGUUACGUAUCGAGUAUACACACCCUGGCCAUUGGUAGUGUCACAGACGAAGGCAUGAGUACGUACUAUGGGGAGGUGUGUCCGUCCGUCAUGGGGGUCGUGUUCGCGGGGGUAUAUUAUCGCGUAAAAAUAAUUUGGCUUUCAUUAUUUCAAUGCUGUUUUCAUUUCUCUUUCCCUAAUCUUAACGACAAAAGAAAAAAAAACACCCACAUCAGUGCCAACCUGACGUGGCGAGACGUCCAGCAUCUAGUCGUUGAGACAUCGGUCAUCCCAAGUGAGAAGGAAGACGGUUGGAAGGUUAACGCGGCCGGCUACCACGUCAACCACAGGUUCGGAUUCGGAGUGCUGGAUUGUGGUAGGAUGGUUGAGGCCGCGGAAAACUGGAUCGGGAUUCAGGAACAGCUGAAGUGUGUCGUUAAAUCACAAGGGCCUACCAGAAUUCUCUAUAAAGACUCAACAAUAACAGAAGUCCUCUCAACUACCUCCACGAGCUCCGACUGCAACCACAACAACCGCAGCCGCGCGUCGGCCAUCGACCACUUGGAGCACGUUCAAAUCCACAUAAAAUUAGUACAUCGAAGGAGAGGUGACGUCACUAUUUCGCUAACCAGUCCCCAGGAAACCACGUCGAACAUUCUGAAAGUUCGGCCUUUAGAUAGAUCCGGGAAUGGCAUCGAUUUUGUCUUCAUGACUGUUCAUAGCUGGGGUGAGAAUCCAUCCGGAAAUUGGACCCUAACUAUCAAGGAUAACUCA